AUGGCGGUCGUCGCCCACGUGGGGGCCAUCAACCAAGCUGUCAUAGCCGUAAGGUCACCCGACUGGCUCCAGCAGCCUUCUGGAGUGGACGAAGCCCCCGUCCACCAGCUGGACGUGCAGCUGUCCUGGGACCCCGAGCCCCAGUUUUGGCAGGAUGCUCUAACUGAGCAACUCUGGCAGCGUGUUGCUGGGACCCAUGAUACGCCCGACCCUGGUUCCAAGCUGAUCGCCGCAGUUCCUGUGGGCAGGAAAUCCAGGACUCAGGGCCACACUACUCGGGACCUGAACAUGCUUUGGGUGAUCCCCAUGGGCUGGGGGGCCACCUGCUACAGGGACCCACACCUGCCACUUAUCCCCUCUUGUCUCUGCCCAGUUCUUGGGGCAGCUCUCCCGCAUGGCCCAGAGAAUGCUGGGAGGGCCUCUCUGUUCCUGAGGUCCAUAUGCUGGGACCCUGAGGAUUUCAAGGACACGUGGAAAAAGCAGAAUGCCUUGCCCUGGCAAUCCCACAAAGUUGGCCGUCCCACACGGAAUGGAGAUGGAGGUGCUGUCACAUGGGGACCCCGUGCUGGCACAGCUGUCAGCAGCACCCCAAGGCAUGCGUUCACCUGCAGCUGGGGCACCAUCAAGGUGUGGAGCCCAGUGUGCCAGGUGGUGGAGGACAGGUUUCCGGAGAGGUGCCUGCCCGUACAGACCUGGGGGGAGUACCUUCACUCCAGCCUGCUGUCCUCAGACAGCAGGACCCCCCUGUCAGGCAGCCAUGGCCUGGCUGGCGUGAGCGUGUGGGGCCUGGCAGUGCCUUCCCUGCAUGUGAAAGAUGAGCUCCUCUGCUAGGGUCUCAGCUGCCAAGCCCUGGCCUCCAGCCCUGAGGACCAUCCGGCCUUUGCCUACUUCACCGACCGCACCUUCAGGAUCCGGGACCUGCAGGACCGGAGCGUGGACCUGCCAGGCCACCUGAAUGGAGGCAGGGACAUUGCUGUCAAAGACCAUACCGUCUGGAUGAAGGGUCUGGAUACCUGCCUGCGGUGCUGGGACCUCAGGACCCCCAGGGAGCCCCAGGAACACCAGCUUGAGUCUCAGGUGUGCAGCCUGUCUCCCAGUCUCCGGGAGGACUGGGUGCUGGUGGGCACAGCCAAUGGCCGGCAGUGGCUGCAGGGUGGGGUGUUAAGCCCAACAUCCCUGGUCUCCAGGCCUCGCCCCUUGCUCUCAGCUUAG